CCUCUGCUUGGUGUAGUCUGUGCCUGUCGGAUAGAGCAGACCUCAGACAUGGUGUAGGAUAUCAGGAAAGGAGCAAGCGGUUGAAGUUGCAACAAGGCCUGUGUUGAGGCUGUUCCUCGGCUGAGUAAAGGAAGUAUUUGACCAACAAGUGUCCUCCCAGCCCCCAAGAAGAAAAGCCCAGCUCAUUUCCCCUGCAGCAGCCUUUGAUGUGUGUUUGUUUAAUGGCAUUAUUGGGCCCAGUCAUCUGUGAUGGGAGGAGUUCUGCUCCACACAAGAGUCAGAGGUUGGAUUCUCAUUACUGCUAGUGGUGUACUGUCACAAGUUGUGCUGGAAGCUGUCAGACUGCCUGACUGAAGGAUCCGUGUGCCGUGGAUUGGGCACAGGCAGACGGAGGCCCAUGGAGAAGGAGCAGGAGCAGGAGCAGGGCAGCGUGGCCUCCAGUGCCAGUGUCACCAUCCCCAGCACUACCUCAGUCUCCACCUCCACCUCCGCCGGCACCAUAUCAAACUCCUCCAGCAGACAGCAGGCUGUGCCUCAGAUAUCAGUCUAUGGAGGAAUCGCAGACAGGCAAACCGUUCAGGUCAUCCAGCAGGCCCUGAACAGGCAGCCCAGCACAGUGGCAGCUCAGUAUCUCCAGCAGAUGUAUGCAGCUCAACAACAACACCUCAUGCUCCAGACCGCAGCACUACAGCAACAGCACCUGAGUCUCGCUGCAGUGCAGCAGGCUAGUAUAGUGGCAGGAAGACAAAGCUGUAGCCAGCAUGGCAGUACGUCCCAGCAAACUGUGGCCUCCCAAACCACUAUAAACCUGGCCACAUCCCCAGCGGCAGCUCAUUUGAUCAGUCGAGCCCAGAGUGGGAGCUCUGUUCCUGUCUGCAUUGGCCAACAGGCUGUGCUGCUGGGAAACUCCUCCACACCCACACUCACCGCCAGCCAAGCACAGAUGUAUUUACGAGCUCAAAUGGCACAGCAAACUAAUCUUGUGCAAGUAGCAAGGAGCCUAGGACGAGCCGUUCCUUUGUCAUCCCAACUUAUAUUUACACCAACUGCCUCAGUCACAGCAGUUCAACCGGAGGCUCCUGCACUCUCAAUCAACACGCCACCAACCAGCGAACAGGUGCAGAACUUGGCUCUUCGUGGCCAGCAGGGGGCGCUGACAUCCACCAUCUCUCAGUCUCAAUUACAGAGCCUGAGUGUGAAACAGUCCCCUGUGGCAUCUGUGACUGGCCAAUCAGUGGCCCGACUGAAGAGUCCAGGAGCAGAGCCGAGCCCUCAGGGAACUGCUGCAAAGGCCAGCCCUGCAGAAACGUCUUCACAGACGUCGACAAAACACGAGAAAACCAGUGACCUCACAACAAGAGAGCUUAACGUGUGUCCCAGUGUGACCUCAGUGGCAGGACAUCCUCUCAUAAGCACAGCAUAUACCCAAAUCCAGACCCAUCAGCUCCUGCAGCAGCACAAGCAGCAGUUUGUGAUUCAGCAGCAGCCUCAGCUCUUACAGAGAGGUCAGGCUCAGCUCUUAGAGGCCGCCGCCAUUCAUCCCCACACGGUGCAAGCUGUGGCCAUUCAGCCUGCCCUGCCAGCGCAGCCUCAGCAGUGCCCAAUCCCUUUGCUGCCCAAAGUGCCUGUUACCUGCCAACAAGCCACCAUCUUCCACUCCACCACAGUGAGUCAGCAGGCGCUUGCUCAGAAUGGACAGGCGCACAUACUGAGCCACACCAAAGCACCACCUCUACAGCUCACCGCAGUCAAGUGCCAGAUCCAUCCUGUUCAAAUUCAACAAGGAGUAGCCUCACAGAAUGUUCCCGAUAAGGACACUCCUGUUCUUUUCGAACCACAGAUGCUAUCCAUACCAAUACAAGAGCCAACUCGGACCGAACAACGCCAAUCAGACAAAGAAAAACAAGUGAAAGAAAACACACAAGGCAGAGUGAAUGUGAAGCCAGGUGUGGGUUCACCUCCAGCCAUGACCUCGGGCAGCGGCAAUAAUGCGCCCACGGUGACCGGUAGCGCUCCGCAAAAUGGCGAGAGUAAACCGCCGCCACAGGCAGUAGUGAAGCCCCAGAUCCUCACUCAUGUCAUCGAGGGAUUUGUGAUCCAGGAGGGAGCGGAGCCUUUUCCCGUUGAACGUCCAUCCUUGCUUAUCGAGAAUUUAAAGAAGCAGAAGCAGCAUCAUGCUUAUUCAGAUCUACAGAAGCACAGCACAGACUCUGAGAUGGAGGAUCUGUCUCAACAAGAGCUGAAUAAUCAACCCGAGCCAGUGCUGACAUGUGAAUUCUGUGGGAAUGUAGACUUCGCAUUCAACUUUAAGAGAUCCAAGCGGUUUUGCUCUACAGUGUGUGCGAAGAGAUAUAAUGUUGGCUGCACAAAGCGAAUGGGUCUUUUUCCAGGGAAAUCCAGCCCGGAGGACACAAAGAAGCCGAAAGCCUCAGAUGAAAGUCCUAAAAACUGUAGCACAGAAACCAGGAAACGGAAUCCAAGCAUUCAAACGACCACAGGAGCUCCUUUGUUGUCCCCACAUCCAUCUCAUCCAAGUCAUGGUGAGUCCAGCCAGUGCUCAGACAUGUCCAGCUAUGAAGAGCCCAUCUCACCACUGUCCAACUUGAGCUUUGGAGCCCCGAUUGAGCACGAGGAAAGUUUUAAUCACAGCAGAGAGCUUACUCCUCUACUCACGCAGCACUUCCUGGCCAGCGACCCCACAAAGUGGAACGUUGAGGAUGUUUAUGAAUUCAUCUGCUCUCUGCCAGGUUGCCAUGAGAUCGCUGAAGAGUUUCGCUCUCAGGAGAUUGACGGCCAGGCCUUGAUGCUCCUCAAAGAGGAUCAUCUCAUGAGCACAAUGAACAUCAAACUGGGCCCUGCACUGAAGAUCUUCGCCCGCAUCAGUAUGCUCAAGGACUCGUAGCCUUACCCACAACUCAAUCUUGUCUGAAAGGACAACUCUGCACUGGUUUCUUCAUCCCAUUGUGGCUUUGGGUCCUGGGGAUUGCUGCUCCUCAAAACCACAAACUUGUGUAUAGUUCUCAUCACCGUCGAACGGUUUCAUCCCAAAAGCAUGAUGGUGUGAUUACAAAUCUCUGGUGUAUGCCAAGUCUGGGAAGGGGCGACAAUCCAUCAUGUCAAGAAGACAAGCACAACAACUUAACCUUUUGUGCAAGCAAAUGUUCUUCGUUAAUAGCAUGGAAAGAGAUUUACAGUUUCUUUUCUGUCUUAAACUGGACUUUUUGUAAUGUUUGUCAAAGUGACACUCGUAGUUCUGGUUCUCAAUGUCACAGCAAAGUAAUGUUCGGUUAGCGAAGAAAAACUUUGUACCUUUAGCCUUGCAGCCAUCAUUUGUAGGUAGUAAAACUGUUCAGGUUUCUUCAUCUCACAGGAUAUUCCUCAGUUCACAUGCAAUUAGAGUUUGUACUCAAAUGUGGCAUUUUUUUACACUGAUACACAGGGAUAAUGGGUAUUAAAACUGACUCUCCAAGACGUGCCUAAUGUUUUUUUUAUAUCCCAAAGAUUAUGGAGUGCUUGUGAACACAAUUCAGGUUUAAAGACUGCCAUUAAUACCACUUUACAGAACACAUCUUGGCAUGAUCUGAGGAACAACUGGCAUUAUUUUUCAUAAAUCGCUGUUAUCCCAACCUUCAGUGUGUGCACUCACAUUUGGAAAGCUAGUGCAGCUUGUGUGUCUAUUUUUACAUUCAUCAUUUGAUCAAAUUUCUGUAUUUAUUGAGAGCGAUUCUCUGAUUCUGUUUUAUAUUUGAAAAUAAAACUGAAAACAAAA